UUGAUACAGAAAACCUAUUUCAGUUGUUACUUGUGAAACCUUAGUGCCGUUGAUCUCACGACAAAUCAUGGAUCAACGAUUGUUGCUUGUUCUCAUUUUCGUUGUUUCGACAGCUCAGUGCCAGAACAACGUCCAAAACUCUAAUGUCAUGAUUGUGAAAAAUGAAACUGUGAAUCAUGUAGCGACAAAGACAAAUGAAACGGUACCUGGGCCGAAACUUCCAAGUUUGUGUACUAUUUGCAACUGUACAGACGACACGAUAGAUUGCGAAGACAGAAAUCUGACCGAUUUAUUCUACGGUUCCCAAUGGCCAAACGCAACUUUUAACUUGGUAUCGUUCCAAGGAAACCAGUUAACUUUUAUAAAACCAUUUCCAAAAUUGCAUAUCAAAAAGCUAAUUCUAAGAAAUAAUAAAAUUAUGAAUAUCAGUCAUUCAGCCUUCAAACAAUUGAUCAAUCUUACCGAAUUAGAUUUAAGUGAUAAUUAUCUAACAAGUGAGAACUUGCAACCCCCUGCGUUUGAGGGUAGAUUUUCACCCGACGCUUACGAGCCACUGGCGAAGCUAAGAGUUCUAAACCUAGCGAAUAACGAGCUCCAUUCAUUGCAUCAAGAUCUCUUCGAGCACAUGUCAGCCCUUAAAGUACUGAAUCUCUCAGGGAACCUAUUUUCCAAAAUUGAUUUUACCACCUCUAUCGCGAUUGAUUCUAUCGUGGAAUUAGAAGAGUUGGAUUUAAGCUAUUGCGGUUUGAAGUCACUUUCGGAUACACAUUUCUACUCCUCUUUCAGAGUCCUUAAGAAGUUGAAUUUGAGCGGGAAUCAAUUUACUGCUCCCCCGAGUGCGCUCGAAGAGGCUAAGACGCUGAAGUCACUUUAUAUGGACGAAAAUCCGAUGCAAAUUAUAAGUGGUACCCAGUCGUUUCCGCGUAUGCCCAAUUUGACCGAGCUGAGUCUUUGCUGUAUGCCUCAUUUGACGGUGAUCGGAGCGGGUGCCUUUUCGGGACUGAGGGCGCUCGAGCACCUCCGAAUUCAAAAUUGCCCGAAAUUGGAAGCGGUCGACGGGUAUGCUCUCGCAGCUCAGACGGAGUCUGAGGGACCGAUGUGGCCGCCGCUGAAGAAACUAGAUUUAUCGGAUAACGCUCUGCGAUAUUUGCCUGAGCACUUCGUAGCUAGGUGGGACUGGCUCGAAGAAUUGGAUCUGAUGAACAACAAAUGGAGCUGCGAUUGCAAUAAUCAAUAUCUGAUCCGGAUGCUAUUGCCGCAAUACGGCAAAAAGCUAAUGGGAGAUGACGUUAACUCGCUCACCUGUACCGAGCCACCGGAACACCGAGGGAAGAAACUGACGUCGCUGUCGAACCGAAACAUCCGUUGCCUGGACGUGAACGGAGCGCAGCCUGAGAAAGACGCGAUGGUUCUGGUCGGUGUGUUGAUCGGUGUGAUGCUCGCCAUCCCCGUUUGCCUGACGAUAUUCAUUUUGUGGCGUCGCGGCUUCUUUUUCUUCGGACCGCAAGGACCGGCGGACUUCUCUCGUGCCUUCUACAAAAGAACCGCCAAUGACGACGACUUCUGACGUGUCUCUCCCAUGAAUUUUAACAGAAAAAUCUAGUCGAUAAAAAAAAAAAGAGGAAGAGAGGAGAAGUAGAUUCUUAGAAGCGAAAACGUUUCUUUAAUCCGAUAGACACGAUUGCAAACAAAGUGUUUCGUAAGAUUUCGCAAUAAUGUUCAGUAAUGAUAAGAGAGACGGUAUCAGAGUUUGUUUAGAACUGAACAGUUAUUUCAACAAUGUUAUGUUUAUACGUUGUAUCCUCGACGAUAAAUCCGCGUUUGUAUUUUAUUUAAUCAGUCACCGUAAUUUUGUAAAUAAAAGGUCAA